AUGUUCAUCCCUUCCUCCGCCAAAUUACGAGAGUAGCCAGAUCUAAUUAACUCUACCAUUAGGAAUGAGUCGAAGUACUAAAACAAAACACAUUUUAUGCUUGAGAUAGGUGGGUCUAAUAAUAUGAAAGAGGACUAGUAUUUAAUUUAAAUAGCUACAAAUGAUAAAAUUAGAUCGCAAAUAAGUAAUGCCCUUAAAUAACUUGUAGUCUAUUGCAAAAGUAAAGAAUAUGCUGUAACUUGGAAUUUCAGACUGUAUUUCAUGACUUAAAAUUAAGAAAAUAUCACAUCGGUACCAGUAACUCUCAAUAUUCGUCCACAAUAGCAGAAAGAAGAUAUAAUGGAUGGCAAAGAUUCUUCAUACAAAUAUCAAGUUAAGCUCGAAUUCAAUCUAGCAAAGAAAUUCAGCAAAUUAGAUCAAAGAAAUAUUAUAUUUCAACCAGGCAUAGAUGACUGUGGCUUCUACAAUGUAAGAGUUUAUAUUUCAGAUGAUGAUGGGGAAAUUCUUAAAAUAGUGUUGUUUUCAAUAACUGUGGAGAUUGACAAAAAUAAGUUGAAAUGCAAGGAAUCAAUCAAGUGCAAUCCAUAAAUAACCUAAGUAACAAUGGAUGGACAAAUAUAUAUCAAGUUCCCAUAAUCUAUAUUGGAAACAAAUUCAUCCUAAUAUUAGAAUAUUUCUAAAGAUCUGAGUUGCUAACUCAAACUUAGCUCUGUUGUUAAUGCAUCUAUAGAAGACUUCUACAUUAAGAAAUUUACUAGAAAUCUGAUAAUACUUUAACUAAAACUAGUUAAUCCACAAUAUAUAUCUUAAUCUGGGUUUCUAACUAAAUAUAGCCUUAAUGAAGACAAUAGCUGCCACUUUUACACUGAUAGAUUAAUCUCUAACAGCAAGUAUUAUAUCAAAUUUAGCAUUGGCAUUUUUCCUUGGAGUGUCAUUAAAACAAAUUUGGAGUUUACUUAAUAACCUUCAGAUUCUUACUCAUAUUCCUUUGUUAGGAUUAUCAAUACCAUCAAAUUUGAUGAUUUGUUUAUAAACUAUACUUGA